UUAUCGGGCGGGGAAGAUAAACAGGAUGUGCUCUUUGUUCGUGAAUCAACUCUAUACCUCUUUGCAUGACUGAUGCCAGCGGUCUUUUUUGUAUAGUUUGCUCAUCGCUUUACCGUUUGUGCAUAGGCGUCCCACGCGCUCUCAGCGCCCAUGCCUAGCCUACUGCAUGAAGAUGGCUACAUGAUAGCUGCAGCAAUGAAUUAUUCGAGACGAAGCUCGAUGUGGAGUUCAUCCUAGAUUAUAUUGCAAACGGUGCACUGUGAUCGCGUAUCAUUUACUUUUAUGCAUGACAUGGUCAUGUACAUGCAGUGCAAAAUGCAAGAGCGAAGCUACUGGCAGCCGCCACAAAGACUCGGGGGCCCGGCUGAAGUGCAUGAGGGCAGCACCGUCAACGAUGAAUCGCAUCAUUGUCACAUACCCCACACUUCGCGAGUCAGAACAAUUUAUUUGUAGCCAGCGGCCUGGCUGUCUGCUUUGACACGGUUUAACACAGCGUUCCAUUUUGACUUCAUACCUUGGACAACAUAAGGAUAUUAUGCUAUAACCUGGAUAAGUGCGGAGAGAUAGGGCCAAGACUUCGUACAACCAACAUGGCCGACGCCCCCGGCAAUGACCCAGUGGAUCUACCUUACGAAUUACUCGAGGCGAUAUUCCAGUACCUCGGUCCAGCGGAUCUGUGCAGGCUAGCCGUCUGCAGUCGUCGGUGGCGCUGCGUAGUCAAUCAGGACUGCCUGUGGCGCCCUCUGUGUCGCGGAAACGGCUGGCAACACUACUACGGCGCCGAGGCAGACAUCACCAAGGAGGAACCGUACGAACCGCGGCAAACGGGAGGUGGAAGCGGACCGCACGAGAAUGUAGCCUUCCAAAUAGACUCGAUCAUUGCAGAAGACAACCCGACAGGCAUUGCCCGUACUUGUAAGUGGAAGGAAGUUUACUUGAAAGCGCAGCAUCUGGAGUCAAACUGGGAGAAUAGCCGCUGCCAUGUCGCCACUUUGAAGGUUUUUGAUGAUGGCGGCCCUGCGCAAAAGGCACGGCAGGGCGGACGUUUAUACACGCGAUACGCUGACGGGGAUGGCGAUUUUUUCGCUCUGAGCUUCUCGGACGGUACCAUCAAAGUAUGGGACGUCAAGAGAGGUACAUGUGCGCAUGUCUUCCAGGUAGCCCUGAGUAAACAGGGAAACACGCUCAAAGUUAAACGGAACAUGGUUGUUGUCGGCUGCGCGAGGGGUUUGAUCCGGGCAUUCAGUGUUAAAGACGGGCAGGAACUCCCCCAGAUGAAAGGGCACAAAGAAACGGCAGACAUCGAGUGCAUCUUCUUUGACGGUGAGACGGUGGUCAGCCGAGUGGUGCGCGACGACGAGAUUCGGGUGUGGGGCGUCAGCGAUGGAAUCUGCCGACACAUCCUCGCCUCCCCUGACGGGGCCCAGCUCAGGGAUGUGGAUUACCGAGACCAGACUGUGGUUGCCGUUUACGGUGAUAGCCACUUGCGCGUCUGGGACGCGGGGAGCGGCCGUUGCGUGCACGCGUCCACCGGCCACGGCGCCAGCUCUGGGCGCCUCCAGUCCUUGAAGCUCGGUCGGGGCAUCGUGGCGAGCCUGCACCACGCCGGACCGGGCCCCAGCAUGUUAGUGAUUCGCAGUGCCAAGUCCGGGGAUUCCAAGUUCUCCCUCCCCGUCGAGGCAUUUGUUGAACGUUCAAGCACGCCGUGGAUCGACAACUGCUUCGCUAAUGGCGGUUUGCUCGUGCGUGACCUUCCAGGAUGGACCCACGACGGGAUGUACCUCAACGCGCGCAAUGGCUCAGUGCAUGCGCACUACAUGACCAAACUCGGAUUCUUGAAGGCAGUCUUUCGUUUCCACGGCAACAGAUGCGUUAUAGAGGACCGCUACAACUACAAGAAAAACGACUACCUCAUCUACAAGGCAUGUACGGACGGCCUCAAACUACUGAGUAACGGGAAUCACGGGCAAGACAGCAAACGCCUAGCCUUGUGGAUGGAUAAUACGAAAAUCGUGUUUCACAGCUUACUUGCGGACAUGAACUUGUACGUUCACCAUUACUGGUAAGCUGAGCCGUAUAUCUGGCAUAGCCUACCUAAUGGAGACUCCGUGGCAACUGAGAUGAUCACGUAGAAAAAAAACGCUUCAGGAAAGUGACUCUCGAAGCCACAACUUAGAAUGUCCUUAUUGUCCGAACAUGCACGUCUGAGCUGUAUUAGACUUAUUGUCAUCACGAGACACAGAAUUAAACACCAAAGCAAAUAUCGGUGAAGCAUCCAUGGACAUAGGCCUACUCGAAAACUGGUCUUUAACUUCACAUGUGUACCACAUAAAAUGAACAAAGGCGAACGAAAACAAAACAUUUCUAUCACUUUUUAUUGCGGUCCUUAAACGCCACAGUAUUGUAACCUAGUUUUACGAUUUAAACCGUUUUUAUCUUCAUAAAAAAAUACCCUUAGCUAUUUUAUCUUGAUAUGACUGAAACAAAAAUGUGUACGAGUCAGGGUACAACAAACGGCCAAAAUUGUUUUUGGUCUUUUUUUCUGACUGCAUUAAUCUGCUGGCAAAAUGGGUCCUUACAAAGUCCAAGACAAGAAAAGCUACGAAGUUAAUGACACUUUUUCUAAGCCGUGACAUUCACUGUAGUUCCAGCCACUUCAUUGCAGACUUGUGCUUGUAGGCUUUCAUAAUACACUGUAUCAUUUUAAUUCCGAGACAUUACGAAUGAAACCAAGUAAUUUGUCACUUUGUUAGUUUUGAGUGCUACUGAAAAUAAUUCUUUUUAUUGCUUAAUUAUUUUAUUGUUUUCAAGAUGAGCAUACAGUGCUUAUUAACAUACGUUGGGUACGGGCAAAACCGUUAUAUAGUUUAUUGUUAUAAAAAUGUAUUUCUUAACUUUAAGUACUAAUUGUAUUUUAAUGCACGAGAGCCGAGGCAAUUUCUAUGGUAUACGUAUGUAUAUAAAUAGCAAUUAAUCAAUCAAUUACACCGGAAAGCCAUGUCCUAUCCGCUUUGAGCAGGAGCACCCCCUCAUCGGUUAAGAAGAGCCAUGUUGGCGGGGAAUGUUUUUGUUCAUGCAAACAGGAUAAACUAGGCUACUAAUGAGCCUCGAGCUGGACCAAGAGAGGGCGCAAUUUUCUUAGCAACGGAGGUUCCUUUGGUCAGAACUGAACUUCGCUUGUUCACGAACGACCCUGGAAUUCACGCGUUGCCGUUGCCAUGAUAUCAACAAAAUGAACGCUCACUCCCGACCAAUAUAGCUCUUUUCAACCGUUGAGGGGGUGCUUCUGCUCCGGGCGGAUAAAGGCAUUUAUUGCGGAAACUGCUUACUACUUUCGUGCGUUUGGGCAUUCCGUGCCAUAUCCCAUUUUUUGAACCCGAAAUUUGGCAUCCGAAUGUUACCCCAAAAAAAGCUUAUUUAGACGUGUGGGUAACCAAAGCAUCUGCAAGUGAGUUCGAAAAUUAUUCAUCACAGUAUUGACCUGGACAUAAGAGAUUUCCUUAACUUGCAAGAACCUCCAUUAGGUCGCACACGAAUGAACACUAGGACCUGCAAGACAGUCUGUGUCACUAUCCCAUCUUCAUUCAUUAAGAUGGAUUCUUAAGAUGGCAAGAGAUUGGAAUAAGCUGCCAAAACACAUGACUUCUAUCGAGAAGUUAUAUCUAGCUUCAAAAUAGCACUGCAAAAUCAUCUACAGCUGGGAUGAACAACCCCCUAUGCCUAGUUCCGUUCCGAGUAAUGCCCAAUCAGAGCUUUUUCAGAGUAAUCAUCCCGAUCCAGAAACGAAGGUCCAAAUCCUCGGAACCGCCCAUGUAGGGGAACCAAUGGCGGACAGGUUCACCGUAACCCGUCUGUAUACCCCCAAAAUAAGGGCUUCUACACUGAAAGAAAAUCAAUAUUUUAUUCGUUACACGGACGUAGUUACGAUUGUUUUUCGACAAUAGCUGCCGAUUACAGCUGUGGUCGUUACAUUCACUGUUGUCAUCUGUGGAUCGAAUUGAUGUUUGGAGUAAACAAUUGAAUUUAUGAAAGCUUAAAAUACAAAAUCAGAAGAGGGAAAAUUAAUUCGAUCAUGUAGCUCGCAACAUACAACCUCCAGUAAAUUGCAAUUUUCCUGAUUCCUUGGAGAUAUUCUCAAUGAAGGCCAGUGUAGAGUAGGCUCUUUACCAGGCUCUUUGACGUUAAAGGCCGCUGAAGUUAAUUAUGUGGUUCCCAACAUUUAUCUGUUUCCUCGUAAUCCAAUCGUUUUAUCCACUUUCUGUAUAAUUUUAAUUAUGUGUGUUUAUACUUAAUUAAUGGUGAAAUUAUAUUUUCCCUAUAUUAUUUACAAAGUAACUUUUGAAGAAUUCCUAGUAUUGUAACAUUUAAACCUAUUUUUAUUGAAUUGAGUGAUUCUGCGGCUGGCCUGUUCUAAUAUAUAGUUUAAUUCUAUUAGGUUCAAACUGAAAUCAUAGUUUUUUCGUUUUAAUUGUAAAGCGCUCUUAAGGAUUUUUAAACGACACUCUGUUUUAAAAAGAAGUAUUAUUUUUAUUGCAUGUAUUAGUUCGGUUAUGAGAGUUAAAUUCUUAAGAUCAUCGCGUUUGUUCUUGGUAAGAAACUCCA